AUGAUCUUGAUCCAACCACCCCUUCUUCUUCUAUUGCUGCUUCUGCUCGCUGGAGCCGAAGCAGCAUCCACAGUUUCCACAGACAACAAUGGUUUCUCCUUCCUUUUCAAAGAUUCGCAGCUCGAUGGUGUACGAGAGAUCCAGCCAGAUGGUCGAGUGGUUCACAGCAACGACACCGAGAUGUUCGGCGUCGGUCACACCUUCUACUCUCGCCCUUUCCGGUUCAAAAACUCCCACACCAGCAACGCUUUGUCGUUCUCCACUUCUUUCGUCUUUGGAAUCAUACCAGAAAACCCUCUGUUCACGUUCCACGGAAUGACCUUUGCGAUUGCUCCAUCAAAAGCAGUGACGGAUGCAUCCUCUUCACAGCAUCUCGGACUCUUUAACCGUACCAAUGACGGAAACGCCUCAAAUCACAUCGUCGCCGUCGAAUUCGACACGUUUAGAAACCUCGAACUUGACGACAUGGAUGGCAACCAUGUGGGUCUUGAUAUAAACAGUAUAGAGUCUGUCUUCGCUGCAACAGCAGGCUAUUACAAGAAUGGAGGCUUUCAAACCCUAACUCUUGCGAGCUCCAGAGAAAUCCAAGCGUGGGUCGAUUACGAUGGUGUUGAAAAGACCUUGAAUGUCACAUUAGCUCCUCUUCCCUUAAAAAAACCACAAAAACCUCUUGUAACCUGGAAGAAAGAUCUGUCACCUUUUUUACUCGAAGAAAUGUACGUUGGGUUUACUUCAGCCACUGGGGUUCUUCUUCAGACGUUUUACAUUGUUGGUUGGAGUUUUCAAAUGAAUGGAAAAGCUCAAGAAAUCGAUAGAUCAAAAAUCCCACCUUUACCUGUCAAUAAAAAAUCAAACAAAAAGAAAAAAAUGGGUUUAGAAAUUGGGUUAUCUUUAGGUGGAUUACUGGUUCUUUCAUCGAUUUCAAUUUUGGCGUUUGUUUUGUUCCAAAGAAGAAAACGUAAAUUCGAAUUCGAAGAAGCUCUUGAAAGUUGGGAGGUUCAAUACGGACCUUGCAGGUUUUCCUACAAAGAUCUUUUCACAGCCACAAAAGGGUUUAAAGAAAGUGAGCUGCUUGGAAAAGGCGAUUUUGGGCUCGCAAGAUUCGGCAACAACAAUGGAACCGAUGCAAAAACGACCCAUUUGGCUGGGACUUUGGGAUACAUAGCACCUGAAUUGGCUCGCAAAGGAAAAGCCACCACCGCGACCGAUACUUUUGCUUUUGGAACGUUUUGUUUAGAGGUUGUUUGCGGUCGGCGACCUGUGGAGUUGCAAGGGUGCGAAGAGGCAGUGAUUUUGGUCGAUUAUGUGUGGGAUUGUUGGUAUAAGGAGCAACUUUCUGAGGUGGUUGAUCCGAAACUAAGGGACGACUACGAAACUGAGGAAAUGGAGUUGGUUUUGAUGGUGGGGUUGCUUUGUUCACAUGUUGUGUCCGUGUUGAGACCGAGUAUGUCGCAAGUUUUGAAGUUCCUUUUAGAGAAGGAGCCAUUGCCAGCAGAUUUCAAUGGUGUAUUGAAGAUAAGAGACGACUAUGCCUCUUCGAGUUCUUACUUGUCGCAAAUUCACUACUCGACGACAUUGGAACCGAUCACCAACUCAUUCAUGUUUUCAGGGCGGUGA